AUGUCUUUGCAGCUCGACCCGUCCGCCUCGGGCGGCUUGCAGCCUUUGCAGAAACGCUCGGCGCUGGCUUGCCUGCCUUGCCGCACUGCCAAGAACAAGUGCGACGGGGCGCCGCCGCCCAUCAUUGCCGAGCUGUCGGCUCAUCUCGAGACCAAGAUGCCUCCUCCAGCGGGCGCCGAUGUCCAGCUCGUGUCCGAACAUGCCUGCACGCGUUGCGCUCGACUUCGCCUCGAGUGCCUCUGGCAGCCUUCUCAUCGCACGGGGCGACCUCGCAAGCGCGCUAGACAUGCGGAUGCUGAUGAUGCUGCGUCUUAUCUUGGGCCCACUGGGCCUGUGGUCACAGAUCCUGGAUCGACUGCAUCUGACGGCCACCUCCGGCAGUUCGGCCAGAUCGACAACGGUUCUGCUGCUCGGCUUUCCGUGGCCGACACUGCAGACCCAGCGAAUCCUUUCGGAUUGACCACGGCCCCUUCCAGCUCCUUGCUCGGAUAUACUGGAAUGGAUCUCAUCGCUCUGCUCAACCACUCUCAACACGACUCCAGCCGGGCCGCCAUCCAGCUCGACCUCGACCAUGACCUUGACCUCGACCUCGACCUCGACCUUGAUCUUGACCAGCUGGGCCCACAGAUCGCUCUACACGACCAGAUCACACCCAAUGCCCUUGAAAGAUCGCCCUACAAUCCGGUCUCGUCUCUUGUCAUCACCAGCCUCGAUCAGAUCCACGCCCCAACAUGCCCCCAGACCUCGUUCAGCCCUUCGGCCGGCAACGACCGCGAUGCGCUUCUUUCUACAGCCAAUGACUACGCCUCUCCGAGCAAUGCCCAGCAAGCACGCUCGCAGUUCUCGGCUCUGCGGGCUCGCCUGAAUGCUGUGCCUCGAGCCACUUCGCCCUCGACCACCGAGACCAAGAGCGUGACCCCGUCCAGCUCGUUGCAAGCCGACCACAUCAGAGCUGCUCUUCAACGCUACCUCGCACGUCACGACCGCAGCGCUCUCUCCAAUGACGCCGAUACCACUGCCAUCCUCGAAAUAGGCGCACACCUCUACUUCUCCGGCUUUGCAAAGACGGUCCCCGUGCUUGGGGAAGCCUCCGAGUUCCGCACCUGCGUCCUCGAUGCUCUUCCAGCUCAGAACGUUGCAAGAAGCCUACUCGGCCGCAUCAUAGCCGUACUCGGCUUGAGCGUCGCGUCCAUCGAUCGUCUUACAGCCCAGUCUGAAUCCAGCGCUGUACUCGACGACCUUCGGAGUCAAGCUCGAACGCUGCUGGCAACCUGCCUCGAAGGCAUGAGCCUCAAGAGCGACAUCCCGCUCGACAGCGUCGAAGCUCUAGCGACGCUGCAGGGGUUGCUCCUCCUGGCAUACGAUAGCUACGGGAACAAUCGACUGGCUCAAGCCGAAUCGGACAUGCGUGCUGCUGUGGAUCUCGCUCGCAGGAUGGGUCUGAAUCGAGUGGACGCACCAGAUUCUGCUGGCAUGUCCGACGGGCCGCGCGAACAAGGAGCCUUCCACAGUCGCGCGGCACCACUGUCCGCAGUCCGUAAAGAGUCGCUGCGGCGGCUCUGGUGGGAACUCUAUCUCUGCGACUUGAUGCUCAACGUGACGACAAGCGGAGCGAUCCGGCGCUGUCUCGACAGUGAUCAUCUCGAGGUCGCCGUACACACACCGUUCGACCCUGGAUUCGCAGAUCUCCGACGGUCACCGCCUGGCGGCGAGGGUCAGAGCAGACAGUCUCUGUCGCAAGCGUACGACAUCAGGAUCCGCACCUGUGCGCUGAUCCACGAGUGUGUUCGGCAGCCGGAAGAUCCGGAUGAUCCCGACCACGAGCGCAUCCGGGCCAUCGACACGAUGCUCAGCAACAUUCUCAUCGUUGCCCAGAGACAUUGGGCGGAUGCAAGCACCCAGACCGAACCAAGCAGCCACCAAGUCGAUGCACGCCCCCGCAUGCCAACAAGUGAUGCCAGGGCGGACGUCUCUUGCACGCGAUGGGCACUCGAGACGCGCAUCGAGCUGCUCUUCACUGCGAUGACGAUGCUGCACGCCAGCCGGAUCCAUCUGCAUCGGCUCGCAUGGUUCCCCGACCUGACGAUGGACUUUGUGUCGUGUUCCUUCAAGAGGUUCGACGACAGCCCAGCUGGUGUGCUUUCACGAGCCGGCCCUCGAAGCACAGAUCGAGGCAACGCAGAGGUGCGGCAAUCGAUGCUGUCGACGAGCGUCACGCGCAUCGUAUCGUCCGCAGAUGCCAUCAUGCGGCUUGUGCGCCUGGAUCAGCGCAUGGCAGUGCCUGCUCCGUGGAGUGACCCCGGAAGGGGCGCCUCUGACAGCCAGGCACACGUUCCUCGCGGGCUUCCUGCGCAUUGGCCCUUCCUCGGCUGUUGCAACAUGGUCGCUGCUUUCGGCUACGUGGUCGCCGUCGCAGCCAGCGGGCCCGAGGAGUCCAACUUGCCCACCUAUGGCGAUGAGAUCCGGCUGUACGGCGAGCACGAUGUGACCGGAUCCGAAAACCGAGGUCAUGGCUCAGUCGUUGCUGCUGAUACCUCUGCGCUCUCCGCCCCCUCGUGGCAGUACGGCUCGCCAGAAGCCAGCACCCUGUCUAAUGGCGGCGGCAAUGCUGGCGAAAGGCAGCGCAGCGCGAUGGUGUGGAAGCUGCGUGCGGCCAUCAGCAACAUUGGAUUUGCAGAGUCGACUCUGGCUCAAUACUCGCAGGUCUGGCCGGUCUGCGCCAUGUACCAGCACGAGGUUGCGGUGUGCCGCGACGCCAUUGAUUCCACUGGCCCGACGGGCUUGCAGUAG